ACGAAGAUUAUUAAGCGAUUAGAAGCAUUCACGGCUAUUCGCCGAAAUAUCAGAAAUAAACAUAAACCACCCGGCAAGUGAUAAGGAUUGCGAAUAUGCAACUAUAUAAGAACUGGUCCAGGUCUUCACAGACCAUAAAGAAAGCGAAAGUGAAAGAGAAAUGCAGUUCAACGAGAGGAUCAUUAUUAUAGUCAUGGGCAUAUUCUGCUCGCUCAGCGAGUUGGAGGGCCAUGGCAUGAUGUUGAAUCCUGCAGGGAGGUCUUCACGUUGGCGUUACGAUUCGUCGGGGCCAACGAAUUACGAUGAUAAUGCUUUAUAUUGCGGUGGCUUAUCGAAACAAAUCGAAAAUGGUGGAAAAUGUGGACUUUGUGGAGAUGAUUGGAGCUUGGAUCAGCCGCGCCCCAAUGAGCUGGGCGGAAAAUAUGGCAGUGGAGUGAUCGUGAAGAGCUACGCCGGCGUAACCGAGGCAGAAAUUAGUGUUAAGAUUACGACAAAUCAUCUGGGCUAUUUCCGGUUCCACAUCUGCAAUAUAGAUGAAAACGGCAGCGAGUCGGAAAAUUGCUUUAACCAGUAUCCCCUGAAUUUUAUCGACGACAGCCGGAAAUACAACAUCAACACAACCACCGGCGAUAUCCCAGUAACCGUGAAACUUCCCAGUGACCUCAACUGCAAACACUGCGUUUUGCGCUGGACCUAUACGGCGGGAAAUAAUUGGGGCAAGUGUGAGGAUGGAACCGAGGCCAUGGGAUGUGGUGACCAGGAAACCUUUAUAAGCUGCUCCGAUAUCAGUGUACUGUCCUCAGCGAGAAGUAUCAUUCAGGAGCUGCCAGUUGAAGUGGAGGAAUCAUCUGCAUCUUGCAUCAUCUGCAACAUCUUCGAAGAUCUCAAUCAAUUUAUACAUCUCUUCAAAUCACCAUAG